UGCAGUGCAGCGGGAUUUCGGGGUUAUGGGAGCCUCGACUGACGGACCUGUGUGCUAAGUUCUAGAUUGAUUCGUUAGUCAGUCGCGAAACAUCUGUAAUCAGUUACCUGUAACCGUCUCAGUCUACCUGGAUCUGGAGAUUGACAAAGCCACACCUAGGUGUGAAAGUCACCUUGUUUUCGCAGGUUUGUUGUUCUUGAACUCCACUUAGUCGAGGUAUAGGAUGCCUCUAUAGUACUCGUCUACACGACUUCUAGUUUAAGGACAGGAUUUUAAGUGGUUAAAUGUGUUGCAUCAGCCCUAGUGGAAUGAUUGUUAACGAGUCCUAAGUGGGGAUAAAGAAGGUGUGCAAUCUUCGGUGCCGGUAUGAUAUCUGCCUUGUCAUCAGAGAGCGUGCGUAACGUGCGUCACUUUCUCCCUUUAAAACUUUAUGGUCAUUAAAAGUGAAAAGUACCAAAAGACCAACGAUUAUUUUUUACUAUAGAUGUCUCCGUUCAACCUUCGUACUUAUUGGAUUAAUAUGGUCAUAAAUGAUGAGCUUAGGCAUGAAAUGACGGGUAAAGAGGAAAAGUAGGUUGGUGAAGCUUCAUCGAUUGAGGUGGCUAGGACGCAUGUCACGUAUCCCGAACCAGAGCCUUCCUCAACAAAUAGGGCUAAGUGAAAUGAGAUUAAUCCUAUAUCGGUUUGUUUUUUAUAUGCAUCACAUCGUUAAUUAAUAUUAUUUAUUGCAUCCAGCAAACUGUUCUACUCUGAAGACGAGCUUAUUUGUAUAAAAUAGAAAUUGUUAGUUGUCAGUGUGGUAUCUGUUGCCUCUCAUAUUUCACGUAUGUGGUAGUGAAUCUUGCGAUCACAGGCCUUUCUUAUGUCCCAUUUGUUUUUUUCUUUCAUAAGCACUGUUGGCUAAGGUUCUGCAUACUCACAAUUUUGCUUCGCUGUUACAGUCUAGUCCAAUGAAUAUUUUCAUAAUUAUUUGUUCUAAAAUUCAAAUAUUAAUUUUACAGGCAUCACUGAAUCUUGACAACUGCAAUAUCUCACCUAUUCAAGUGUAGAUGAAUACAAGCGUUGACGAUGAGCUGUUUGAAAAAACAUCAGAAAUCAUAAAUCAGUUGAUAUCACAUUCUAAAUCCAAAAAAUAUGAUACCGAUGAAUUCGAUCAGUUACUAUCAUCAUUCCUACACAGUUGCAAUCCUGAUGAAGCAUCAGUUGAUGUAAACAAGCAUCGUAUUAAUAUUGCUGUGAAUAAAUUAUCAAAACCAUCAAUUCUACGAAAUCUUGUAAUUGUUUACCGUGAUUUAGGAAGAAAAGCUAUUCCUUUGGGAUUUAGUCCAUUACUUAAAUCUGCUUCUCUGCCAGAUCCACCUCCUGUUCUUGAAUGGAUCCCAAAAUUUAUUACUUUUCAACAAACUUUAACAUCCUAUAUUGGUGUGAGUAUUAGUUUCGCCCAGCUGAUGAUAAAGUCUGAUGUUUACUUAACUGAAGCUCGACGGAUGCUAAAUCGUACAAGUACUAUGGAUUUAUAUGAGAAAAUCACCUGGUUGACAGAAUCUAUCAUUUCUGGAUUGAAUACUGCAGUACUAUAUGAAGAUGAAAUAAUCAACAGGCGAAUUAUUGAUUACUGUCUACGUAAUAUUAUAAUCCGUUAUACUUGUUCAAUGAAUUCACAGCUUCAGAGAACUAUAAUAAUUUUUUUAAGUUUCACUCAUACUGAAAUUGCUCAACUUCAAAUAACGAAAAAAAGAAUUAUUCAAUCAUUGAUAAAAUAUUUCGCUUCACUUAUAAAUAGCGAGAACAAAAUUGAUGAAUUAAUUAGUGUUAAGCAGAUGAACAAAGUUCUGCGUAUAUUGGCUUUAAAUACGGAGAAUAAAACUGCUUUCAUGAGACGUGGCGUUUUGGGCCAUUUAAAAUCAUUACUGAAGACAUUACCGAAUGACUAUGAGGAUGAGAUAUUACUUACCAUACGUAUUAUUACUUCUGAAAUUACUCUGGAGAAUUCCGUUAAAGAAAUUAAAUUACUUGCAACAAAAUUUUCUGAGAAAAUAAUAAAUUUUGAAAAACAGCUUCGAAUAUCUUCUGAUGUCUGUGACGAUGAUGAUGAUGAUGAUAAUGUUAAUGAUGAUGGCGAUAUCAAUGGUAGUGAUGUUCCAUCACCAAUGUCAGCAGAUCAUGGAAGGAAUGAUAAAGUCGAUGAAACGUUUCAUAAAGUGAAAGAUGAUAAUCAAAGUUCUUCUCAGUCAAAUGGUCAUGUCAUGAUUAGUUAUAGUCAUGCAGAUGGCAAAAUAGCGCUUCAAAUUGCAAAAAGCUUACAAGAAAGAAAUAUCAAGGUAUGGAUUGACAAAUUUGAUAUGAUUAAGGAAAUUGAUGUUCUAGAUGGUAUGGCAACUGCUGUAGAGGAUGCUUCAAUUGUAUGUAUUCUUUUUUCAAAAGCUUAUCAAAAUGGUGGAAAUACUGAAGUAGAAGCGAAACAUGCUCUAUCAAGAGGCAAAAAACGUAUAUUUCUGAGAGUUGAACGGAAGUUUGUUCCUACUCAUUGGUUAGGUGCUAUGUUAGGUACAAGUCGAUAUAUUGACUUUUCUGGAAAAUAUCCAUAUGAAGACAAAAUUGAAGAGUUAUACCAGACAAUUGAAAAUCUGAACAGUAAAUGAAACCAAUCCGUUUGAUGUAUAAAAGCGAAAGUGAAGCAUGCUGUUAUCAUAUCAGUCUGUUCACCAUGAUGAUGAUGAUGAUGUGAACUGCUGUGAAGUCUUCCAGUCCACUGCGUAUUAUUUUUUAUCUCACACUGUUUUUUUGGCAAUCUACUACAAAUUUGUCACAAGCGUAUAAAUAUAAUGGCAAUCAAAAUGUUAAAAAUCAAGGAAUUCAUUUAUAUUUUUGUAAGACAACUUUACUUUUGUGCAAAAUCUGUUCUCUUUUUUUUUCUUUUAAAAAAAGAAGUCUAAUUUGGAUAUUUUAUUUUUAAAAAUGUUUGAUUUUAGAUCUUUUUGUUUGUUUGAUUUCUAUUUCCGGUGAUUUUUUCACAAAGAGACUCAUUUAAAGUUGUUGCUUUUGGAGAGAGAGAGAGAGAGAGAGACAUUCUUAUCAGAUCAUUUAACCAGAUUCGCCAAGAGGGGCUUGCUAUCCUUUUACAGUCCAUUCAAGCUUGCUGAUGGAUACAACAUUGUGAACAUUGUGAUUGAAAUUGUUUUGAAUUAUCCAUACACAUUGAAAUAUUCGAUUGAUGAUUAUACAAUUGUGUAAAGUUAUUUAGCUUUUUUCAUGACACUGACAAAUCUGUUUAUACGAAAUGAUAUCUUGACGGAGAAAUCAUUAAGUUUAUAUUUCAUUUUGAAACCGUUUUACUUUUGUCCUUGUAGUUGAACAACAGGGAUAAUCCCGGUUGAGAUUAUACACAGUAGUUGAUAUAAUUCUUGACUUUAUCUUAGUGAAAUUAACUUUGUUAAAUAUAUAUAUCUUAAUAUUGUUACAGUAUGCAUGAUUGUUAUUAUUGUACAUUAAUGUGUUCCAAUCGGAUCUGGUGAUUCACUGAUGGAAUCCUCGCCAGUCACAUACGUGGUAGUGUAAACAAGCAAAACAACAGGCACACAGGUAAUGAAAACAGAACACGAACUGUGCAGAGAACGUUUAUUCCACGAGAAUUAGUUUUCUGUCUCUCUGUCUGUCUGUCUGUUUUCGACAUAGAACUUUGCAACGAUGUGCGACAGUUCGAGUCGCCACACUCCCUAAAUGUAGCACACAAAUCAAGAGAAGAAAGUAGAAGAAAUGCAUAAUAGAGACAGUAAGCAGAGGUGUGAGACAAAGAAAUAGAAGUAACGAAGAACAAUUUAGUUUCGUUGGAAAUCAUAAGUCACAAGGAGUAGAUGCAUCUGCGCUAGCCACUGAGAACGAUUUUGAGCCA